UCACCGAGUUAUAUCAGAUAAUACAGGAUCUUCCCUUAUCCUGCGUGGAUAUAAAACACAAUAUAGAUGAAACGGUAGUCUCUGUAUACAGGAAACAAAUAAUUAUUCAAUUGUUCCUGACACGGCACUGUCACCGACGAGAGUUGAGAAAUAAUUAGCGGCGACAUAAAAGCACAUAAAGAUACCUGAGUAGACGGAAACUAACUCCAUUAUCAGAAGAGCUCAACAUGAGGAACUAAUGUGCGAUUCAAACGAGGAGAGGACCACGGAAUCUAAGACACAAAUCGUACUUAAGAAAGUUUGAAUUUCUUUUUCUAGUUAAAAGACGUUUUGGAUUUUAAAAGUAGUUUGAAAAAAGACAUAUAUAAAUCUUAACUCUUCAUUAAGAAAAAAAUUGUUUUAUUUGGUUUGCUUAUCAGGGGACAGUUUUCAAAGAAAAUAUAAAGUACAAAAUAUACGAAAUUUCAUACGAUUCAUCCGAAGAAAAUACGAAAGUACUUAUCGUAGAAGUAUAUAUCUGACGUUAUUCGUGAGGGACUGUAUAUCUCAAAGACUUAAUACUCUGCUAAAAGAUAAUGAAAGCUGUAGAAACCCUGUCUAUUUUCAUUUGCAUCUUUUUGAUCACGUGGUCAGCCGGUGACGGAGCUCCUCAGUGGCGCCCGCAAGGUCGUUUUGGCAAACGUUUUACCAAUACAAGAACAGCUAGUGAUAUAAUGUCAGCCUUACAAACAGUUGCAGAAGAUGACGAUCAGUUCAGACAAAUGUACAUGGAAGAAGAUCCCAAUUAUCAGCUAGUUAAUACAGACACUGUUGAAGAACUUUAUUCUAAUCCUCCAUCUGCUUUAACCUCUUCCUCAUCCUCAUCAUCAGCAUCUUCUACAAAGUGGCCAUUCAGUGGUUCAAGAAUAUGUAUAGAAUCAUCUUUUCCUGGAGUGUUUAGAUGUCAUAGGCGCGGCCGAUCCGGGACUUCAGUUGCCACGUUACAGGACGAAUGAUACAAAAUCAAAUAUCUGGUUCAAGAGCAACGGACUGGAUGAUUAAAUAUUUCAAAUAAAUUUUGAAAUGUAUAUAAGUUAAAUUAUACUAGCAGUGCACUGCUAAAUCUGUUCUAUAAAUAGUGAUCGAAUAUUUGAAGUAAACAUUCGUUAAAGACAUUUCGUACAAUGAAUUAACUUCCGUUUAUUUGAUGCUUUAACGAGUUGUACAGUGUAAAAUACGUUUGAAAGAAAGUAAUAUCCUGAAAAUUUCCGGGGAAAAUAAUUUUAAUGUGGAUUGUAUUGCUAUAAAUAAUUACAUGAUUUAUAACAUGUUUUCAUUUUCACAAAUUAAAUAAUAAGUAUUUCAUAUUUACUGUUAACUAAAAUUGAUGUUUGGAAAAAAAAAGCAGAAAACAUUGUGACGUUCACGACCUUACAAUAUUUUCCAAACAAAAACGUCAUUCUGUCAGAUUUUUGUUUUUAGACUUUUUGGCAACACUCAGUUCUAUAUUUUGCGAUAUAAUAGUUCUAAGUGAUAACGAUGUUUACAACAAUUAAACCUAAAGGUGCAAGAAUAAAAAGAAAUGAACAGAUAA